GAUGACGUAAUAAAGAAGCGACAAGACGGCCGUUUUCACAAAGCGAAGCGUUUGCUAGCGACGCGACGCCAAGCGCUUGUCAAGUGUGAGUUGGGUAUUUUGAUAGUCGUGUGAAAAUGUGCAAGGUAGACAUGCUGAGAGCGUUCCUGAACCAGCGGCUGAGUGCGGCCGUCGACGAAAUAGUUGUAGUGUUUCAAAGAACGAUAGCAGAGUACGAGGAGGAACUUUGCCGGACGAAAGAGGAAAACGAGAGACAACGUCAACUGCUGGACGCCUUUUUUAUGCCUCAAGUUGCCGUGCAGCGAACAGACGUAAUUGAAGAAAAACUUCAUCCUGAGCCGCAACAGUGGAGCUCCAAGGUGGAGCUGCAGGAGCCAGAGCCCCCCUACAUCAAGCAGGAAGAGCAAGAGGGUGACGUCACCAAUUUGCCGUUGACGGGCAUCCCCGUGAAGAGCGAAGGCGACGUAGACAAAAGCCAGAGUGAGGCGGCCAGAUGGGCUGAACCUCCGUGCGGCACCUCAAGUCAACACCUGACAACAGAAGGCGAUGGAGACCAUUGUGGAGGAUCACGAACAGAAAACCUCUUCGCCCCACUGUCAGAUUAUGACGACGUAACGCCGCACUCGCCCGAGACCGACGACGACGAACAGUCGAAAGGCGAUACGGCGUAUCGCUCCGGCAACAAACACUGGAAAUGUUCUCAAUGCGACAAAACGUUUGGCGUCAGAAUAAAUCUGAAAAGACACAUGGUCAUCCACACGGGAGAGAAACCGUUCGCCUGCUCGGUUUGCGGCAAACGAUUCACCCAGAAGGCGCACUUGACGUCGCACUUCAGGAUACACACCGGAGAAAAACCUUUUGCGUGUUCGUUUUGUGGGAAAAGGUUUGCCCGGAGUGAAUGUUUGAUAACGCACACCAGAACGCACACGGGCGAGAAGCCGUUCCGUUGCAAUGUGUGCGAUCAAAGGUUUUCUUAUAAGUAUAAGAUUAAAAAACACAAGUGUGCUGGUGAGAGGACCAAUUUUACAUGAAAUGUGGACAAAUGACUUUCUGACAAUGUUGAAGUGGUUUUGGUAAGGUGGACAAAUAUUUUUGCGCUACCUGGAACACACAUAACUACACAUUUUGUAUUAUUUUGCAUUUAACCAUCACCGCAAUUAAUCUGGAAUAAAGAAAUACAGAUGUGAAUGAAA